UAUGCUUCCAAACCGCCGGCCAAUCUAAAUUAUCUUCGCAGCGCAGCUAUAGAUAGGCGACCCUUUUUUCUUUCCGCUUUCGUCAGUCAUCCCGCUUCGCCCUAGGGUUUCUUCCUGUGCUCGCCAAGCUGUGCAAAAGCUUUAAUUUAUUAAUGGGGGAUGUGGAAGAAUACCGCUGUUUUAUUGGAGGCCUUUCAUGGUCCAUUACUGAUAAUUCUUUGAAGGAUGCAUUUGAGAAGUUUGGCCAUCUUACUGAGGCCAAGGUGGUUGUUGAUAAGUUUUCUGGUCGAUCUCGUGGAUUUGGUUUUGUUACAUAUGAUGAGAAAAGAGCUAUGGAAGAUGCCAUUGAUAAAAUGAAUGGAAUGAGCCUUGAUGGACGGUCUAUAACUGUAGACAGAGCUCAGCCACAAGGUUCAAGCAGAGAUCGUGAUGGAGGACGUGAUUAUGACCGUGAUAGGGAUCGGGAUCGUGGGCGUAGCUCUGGUGGGGGUCGAGGUUCUGGCGGAGACUGUUUUAAAUGUGGCAAGCCUGGUCAUUUUGCUAGAGAGUGCCCUAGUGAUGGCAGCAGAGGAGAUAGGUAUGGUGGUAGGGAUGAUAGGUAUGGAGGUAGGGAUGACAGAUCUGGAGGAGGUGGCAGCAGUAACCGUUAUGGAUCUGAUCGUGGUGGAGAUCGCUAUAGUGGACGUAGCCGAGAUAGUGGAAGUCGUGGUGGAUCAGGGAGUGAUCGUUAUAAUCGUGAUCGUUCUGGUCCGUAUGAACGCCCGAGUGGCGGCAGCUAUCGCAGUUGAUGAGGUGCUCACUUUUGUUUCAGGUGGUCAAUUGUGGUGGAGCUACUUUUGUCAAAAGCUACAUGGUGGCGUGCUCCUUGCUUGGUGACUGGCAACCAUGAACAUGCUUUCUUUUCUUCUAAGAUUUACCGGCGUGCUCUCCUUUUGCAAGUUUGGAUCUUUUACUGGAUGAUCUAUUGUGUUUAUUCUGUCAGAUGUUCAUUUGCUGAUUGCAUCAACUGCUGCUUAAUAGUUGCUUGACCUGAAACUGAUCUUGGUACAUUAGUUUACAACUGUUGAUACUAAAUUCGAGUUGAUUGGCAAUCACUCUGCUUUCUGGUUCUUAAUUGGUGCUUUGGUACUUAUCUUGAUGCUACUAUAGAACCACUAGUGACAGAAUGUUGACUCAUCAAGUUCAAAAUCAAUAUUUGGCACUGUUCGUCUUUAGGGGAACCCCGUAAGAUUACUGUUUGUCCAUGAAACUUCGGAAUAAUUACUACAACAACAA